UUUAUCUACCUGUCCUUUGUGUUGAUAUGGGAUUUUGUUUUUAUUAAAAGUUCUAUUGUUUUUCGUUUAUGUAAUGUGAUUUUUUAUUCUCUUGUUUGUUUUUCUUAUGCGAUCAGGUUUGGCUUUUACUUCUUUUGCAUUGUUGAUGUAGUUGCGUUAGUAUAUAAAUCUCAGUUAUUAUUUGGAUAUCCUUUUUAUUGUCGUUGUUGCUUUUAGCUUAGUGGAUGAGGUUUGGUCAAUGUUUCUGGUUGAUGGAAUGGGAUUAUCAAUGGUUAGAAAUUGCCAGCCUUCAGGUCAGAAGUAUGCUUCGAUAAACGUUAAAAGGUCUUUGUUUCUUGGGGAGAAUGAGUGAAGCUGUGAGGCUAUUAUGGUGUAUAGGGUUCAAAGUGGACCAUGGUACGUAUGCCCUUCUGUUGCAAGAAUGCAAAUUCAUUAAACAGUAUAAGAAGGGGAUAAGAAUCCAUUCACAUAUGGUUAUUGUUGGGUAUAUUGCCAAUGAAUACCUGAAGACUAAGUUGUUGAUAUUGCAAUAGGGACAUGAAGAAAUUUGCAUCACUGUUUAGAGCUUGUGCUGCUUUAGCAACACUGGAGCAGGUAUGAAAUCCCGUGGUGUCACACCUAAGAGAAAAUGUUGUAGUCAAUAGUGCCCUCAUAGAUAUGUACUUCAAAUGCAGCAAUCUUUCUGAUCGACAUAAGGUCUUCAGUAAAUCGUUAAACAGGAAUGUUGUUACCUGGACUUCAUUGAUAUCUGGGUAUGGCUAACGUGGAAGAGUUUCAGAGGUUUUAGAAUCAUUUCGUAGGAUGAAAAGUGAAGGUCUCAGACCAUAUUACGUUACUUUUUCUUGGUGCUUUCUGCUUGUAGUCAUGCAGGUUCAAUUGAUGAAGCUUGGGAGUCAAUGAAGAGAGAUUAUGGCAUCCAACCUAGAGGGCAACACUAUGCAGCAAUGGUCGAUCUUUUAGGUCACGCUGGCAGGUUACAGGAGGCUUAUGAUUUUGUUUUGGAGGCACCUUGUAAAGAACACUCAGGUGUAUGGGACGCUUUGCUUGGGGCUUCUAGAAUUCAUGAAGACAUGGACCUGGUAAAUCAUGCAGCUAAGAAAUACUUGAAAUUGGAUCCAGAAAAUGCUGGAAAGUAUUUGGUCUUGUCCAAUACCUACGCCACAUUUGCGUUCUGGGACAAUGUUGCACAGUUUAGGAGUAUGAUGAGAGAUUCAGGAAUAAUGAAGGAACCUACUUAUAGCAGGAUUGAAGUUCAAGGGGAGGUCCACUGCUUUCUAAUGGGUGAUAAAUCUCCGAAAAUAUGAGGAGAUAUGUAGGACAAUUAUCAACAUGAUGUGCAUUUUAAGAGAUGCUGGCUAUGUUCCUGAUAUAAGUGACCAUUAAGACAUGUAGAAGAUUGAUAUGCUUUACAUUUUCAGUCCAAAAUCUCAGCACUGCUAUUGGCUGAGCUUCCCAUUC